CUAUAUAGGAAGGUUCGGGACUGGCCAAACUGGCUAUAACCCUUGCAAAAGAUGCUGGCAGCAAGGACAUCGUGCUCGUCACGGCUGACUGCGCCCUUGCGGACGCGUUUGGCGCCGUAUGCUGUGGUUGUACGGCUGCACGUCAGACAGUACAGCACACCGACUGACCUGCCCGUACCCAACAAGACGAAGGUAUGGGAUUCAGUCGAUGAGGCGGUCAAAGACGUGAAGAGCGGAGAUGUCCUCUUGAGUGGUGGCUUUGGACUAUGCGGUACACCAGACACGCUGAUCGAGGCGUUGGCGAAGAGAAAGGAUGUCACGAAGUUGACCGCCGUCUCAAACAACGCGGGGUCGGGAGAGCUUGGGCUCGGGAAGCUGCUCCAUAAUGGCCAGAUUGACAAAAUAAUGGCCUCUUACAUCGGAGGAAACAAGUACUUUGAAUCCCUUUACCUUAAUGGCAAAAUCUCCCUGGAGCUCAUUCCGCAGGGCUCGCUUGUUGGCCGCUUAAAUGCGCAUGCUGCAGGCAUUCCUAUGUUCUUUACGCCCACGGGUGCGUCAACGGCAGUAGAGGACGGGUCGAUACCUAUCCGAUACAAGGAGGGUGGCAUGUCGCAAGGCGUCGCGAUUCCGGGAAACAAGAAGGAAGGGCGACUUAUCAACGGACGACGUUAUAUCCUCGAGCCAGCAAUAGCCGGAGAUGUUGCACUCAUCAGGGCGUGGAAGGUGGACGAGGUCGGAAAUUGUGUCUUCAGAUAUACGGCAAACAACUUUUCGGCCACGAUGGCAAGGAACGCCAAGCUCACCAUUGUUGAGGCGGAGAACAUCGUACCUAUUGGCUCCAUCUCGCCAAACGCAGUUCACGUUCCUAGCAUCUAUAUUGAUCGCAUCGUGAAGGCCUCUGCAGCCAAGCACAUCGAAAUCGAGACGCUGGCUUCGACUUCGGAAUCAGAAGACUCCAAACCGCUGACUGCAGAGAAGAAGGCUGCUCAAGAACAAAGACAUCGCAUCGCUCGACGGGCGGCGAAAGAGAUCAAGGAUGGUUUCCACGUCAAUUUGGGCAUCGGGAUGCCGACUCUUGUACCGGAGUUUCUGGAACCCGGCGUGCGGGUGUGGCUUCAGAGCGAGAAUGGUAUUCUUGGCAUGGGACCUUAUCCGACGAGGGAACAGCUGGAUGCAGACAUUAUCAACGCCGGCAAAGAGACUGUCACAUUACUCCCUGGGGCAGCUGUGUUCGAUUCGAACGAGUCGUUCUCCAUGAUCAGAGGGGGGCACAUUGAUGUGGCUAUUCUCGGGGCUAUGCAGGUAUCGCAGGCAGGUGACAUUGCCAACUUCAUGAUCCCGGGAAAGAUGGUCAAGGGUAUCGGAGGUGCAAUGGACCUUGUCUCUAACCCCGACAAAACCAAGGUUAUCGCCGUCAUGGAACACUGCGCCAGGGACGGCAGCCCGAAAAUCCUGAAACAAUGCGCGCUGCCGCUGACAGGGGCGAGGGCCGUGAGCGUGAUCAUCACCGAGCUGGCGGUGUUCGCCGUGGACCGCCACGUGGGUGAGCUUGAACUGACCGAGCUGGCGGAGGGCGUGACGCUGGAUGAGGUGAAGGCGAAGACGGGCUGUGACUUCAAGGUCUCCAGCCGGCUUGGAGCCAUGUGACCACCAAUGGCUGCUGUUCGAUACGGU